AAAGAAUUCUGGUGAUGACGGCAGAAGGAUAACGGUCGGGAAGGCCAAGCGGCAGGAGGACCGAAAGAAGACCACGCAUCGACAUGGCAGAGGGCCUUGCGAAUUCCUAGAACGUUUUACCAUUAUCUUCUUACUGUUCAAAGACCGGUUCGGCAUCACCAACCACAAGUAUGCCAGGACUACCCAACCAGUAUGCCGACGACACCCACAUUGACGCAGCGGAUAUAAUCUGCAACCCCGCUGUUCUCGACCCACCUCGACGACCCCGCCCUUCCCUGCGACGUCCAUCGUUUGGUCGUCGCCCUUCCUUUUUUCGUCGCCCAUCCUUUUUCUCGGUCAAGAGCUUCCAACUCCGCCGAGUUCCUGUUGGCGUCAAAACAAAAGUCGACUAUAAACGCCUCUUCUUCUACUUUUCCCUCUUUUUCCCCACUUACGUUUUAACAGUCGUUACUCUGGCGGCUAUGAACGUCUACUAUGUGCCAUCUGUUGCAGAUCAACGAAGUAUUACUGCGUUGAUGGAAUACUCGUUUGGGUAUUUCAAAUAUUGCUAUCGAAUGGUGGACGACGGGGGAAGGCCCGAAGAGAACAUUUCGCCUCAGAUCAACUACCCAACUGAACUUCAAUGUCAGUCUUACACAGAUCUCUGUAGCGGGACGGGCACAGUGCGCUUUUGGACCAAGACGGAUCCGUCACCCGGGGUGCCGGACCAAUCUGUGUUUUGCGGAACUGAAUGGCAUUCAGCGGUUUCAUUGGAAAUUGCCGCCGCGGUUGCUGGAGCUGUAGCGGUUCUGUUCUUGAUCGAUAAUGUUCUCGUGUGGUGGAAUGUAUCCUUAUGGUAUCACCCCGACCGACACAAGUCAUCCUCGGUCCGAACCGUUCGACGAUUCUUUAAGAAAGUUAUCAUGAUCUCUGUGGCGGCGCAUAUGAUUUUGCAAUGCAUUGCCGUGUGGCUCAUCUAUGACAUUCAGAGCAAAGGCAAGAUUCGCUUCCCGAACGCCGUGCAGUUCCACUGGGGAAUGUGGCUCAGCGUAAUCAGUUGGGGGGCGGACUUCUUGUUUUUGGCACUGUUCCUGUUCUUUGAUAAAUUUACUUUUUUUGCUGUACCGGUGUAUGAAGAUGGGGAAGAGGCAACAGGUUCUGUAGCGUCCGAAUAUUUGCGGAAUCAUAAAGUAUAGGUAGACUUAGAGUAGUGGUGAUCUCAUGAUUGGCUCGCUAUUUAUUGUUUUUCGUUUAUGUACAGAUAGAUAAUAUACAGUAAGAUGCAUAAUGAAUAAAUA